AUGAAUGGAGAGGCAAAGGUGGCGAAAGAGAGGAUCGAGGCUGUUGAGCCGGAGAAGAACUUGAUCAAGUUCAAGCUCAUAGAAGGUGAUCUGAUGAAAGAGUAUAAGAGCUUUGUGUUCACGCUCCAGGUGACCCCUAAGCAUGGAGGGCUUGGAAGUAUCGUGCACUGGCACUUUGAGUAUGAGAAGAUCAGCGAGGAGGUGGCUCACCCUGAGACUCUUCUCCAACUCGUUAUUGACAUGUCCAAAGAGAUCGACGAACAUCUCUUGGCCGAUGAAUUGGAGAUUACUCCUCGUGUGGCUUUCUAA